AUGGACUCUGGGUCCUGGAAGCUGGAGCUGCUGUGUGCAGAGACCUGGACUGUGGCUCUGCUGUUUAUAGAGAACAAAGAGACGUCUGCAGUGAGACACUGUGUCGUCCGUUCGGACUCCUCCUCCUGGGGUGUGGAGGUGAAGUGUUCAGACUCGGUGCGUCUGGUCUCGGGGCCCAGUCUGUGCUCAGGAUCAGUGCAGAUCUGGGACCAGUCCUGGACCUGGGUCUGUGAAGGGGCCUUGGACCAGCAGGGGGCAGAGGUGCUGUGCAGGGAGCUGGGCUGUGGGGCUCCUUCUCUCCUCCAGGGGGCGCUCUCUCCUCUGAGGCAGACGUUCCACUGUGAGGGCCAUGAGUCUGCUCUGAUGGACUGUCCCCGCUCCGGCUCAGAGACCUGCUCCUCUGGAGCCGCUGUCAACCUCACCUGCUCAGAGCCGCUCAGGCUGGUGGGAGGGGCCAGUCGCUGUGCUGGGACUGUGGAGGUGAGACACAGAGAGUGGAGACGGGUGGAGCCGUAUAAACCCUCUGGACCCUGGGUCCUGGAGGUCACAGUUGCUGUAUGUUUUUUUCUAGUUGCUCCAGGGAACUGUCAGGUGUAA